CCCUGGUUGACGGCAUCAGGCUGAGAAUGCUGCUCACAGGCCCUGCUCCCAGGCACUCUCCCGUUCAGGCAGCUUCCUAAGUUCCUUGGCUGUGUCUUUGGUCAGCAGAAGUCUCCUACCCAGGGCUGAAGCUCAAAGGGCACCUGCCCCAGCCUGCCUAUUUGUGACCUCUGCCGUUGCCUGGACCCACCUACCUCUCCUAAGUGUUGCUGGCCCUUGCUCCUCACCUGCUUACACCUCGUCUAGUCAUGCUGCCUCUCUGCCUUGUGGCUGGGCUGCUGCUAGCCACUGUGCCGGGGCUAUGUCAGGGAGAUGAGGCCAUCCACUGCCCACCUUGUUCAGAAGAGAAGCUGGCACGCUGUCAGCCCCCUACGGGCUGUGAGGAGUUGGUCCGGGAGCCUGGCUGUGGCUGCUGUGCCACCUGUGCCCUGAGUAAGGGGAUGCCCUGUGGUGUAUACACUGCUCGCUGUGGUUCAGGCCUACGCUGCUACCCACCUCGAGGGGUGGAGAAGCCCCUGCACACGCUGAUGCACGGACAAGGGGAAUGCAUGGAGCUGGCAGACAUCGAGGCCAUCCAGGAGAGUCUGCAGACCACGGAAAAGGAGGAAAGUGAGCACCCCAACAACAGCUUCAGCCCCUGCAGCAGCCAUGACCGAAAAUGUAUGCAGAAGCACUCAGCCAAAAUCCGAGUCGUGACUAGCAACAGCGGCAAGAUGAAGAGUAUCGGGAGUUCGGCCCAUCGUGAAGACACUCGGCCCAUGACUCAGGGCUCUUGUCAGAGUGAACUACACCGGGCUCUGGAGCGGCUGGCAGCAUCUCAGGGUCGUACCCAUGAGGACCUGUACAUGAUCCCCAUCCCCAACUGUGACCGAAAUGGCAACUUCCACCCCAAGCAGUGCCACCCAGCCCUGGAUGGGCAGCGGGGGAAGUGCUGGUGUGUGGACCGGAAGACAGGGGUGAGGCUCUCUGGAGGGCUGGAGCUGAGAGGAGAGCUGGACUGCCAUCAGGCAUCAGACAGCCUCCGAGACUGAGCUGUUUGAGGCCCACAGGCAGGGGUUCCCCAAACACCGACCCCCCCCACCCCAAGAGACCAAGGAACCCACCGAGUCUGUGUUUGAAUGGGGGGAGGAUGGAAGGAGGACAGAGAGCCCUUCCCUCCUUUUCCCCUGCUUGGCCUUAAUUUCUAAUCCAGAUUUCUCCCCUUGGUGUGAGUGUGCCCCUUGAGAAGUCCUUCUUUGGGCUCUGGUAGCCCAAGGUCAGGGAGUGUGUAGAUUCCUGUGGUUAUAUCCCCAAAAUGAUCCUGAAUUCCAGUCUUCAGCCUCCUGGGGAUGUUUGCUCCUCACCCUCUUAGUCUGGUGGGCCAGGGGAAUGGGUACCAGAACAGAGUUGGUCUGUAGAAGAGAAUUCUCAGUCUAGAAAGAAUAGUGUAGAGACGGUUCAGUGUAGUGUUAGAGAGCUGACCUUGGAACUGACCUUAGAGCUGACCUUGGGAUUCAAGGCCCUUCUCUAACACUGACUGGCUCUGUGACCUUAGGCAAGCCCAACAAAUUAACCUCAGUUCUCUAAGACUUUGGGGAAGAUGUCAACAACUUGCAUUAAAGAGGAAUUUCUCUUCUGGAAAUUCCUGUGUCAGUGCCAUCACAGAUCCAGUCCCUGUCCUAGAGAAAAUAAUAGGGAGAAAGCAAACACUGUUCAACUCUUCUAGCCACUUUGGGCCCUCAUCUGCUCAGUAGUAGGGUAGAUGGAGAGUGUGGAGGUGCUCCAAAUGCAGCUUUUGUGAGUUGAGGGUAUGGAUGGGGAAAGAGAAUGAUUAGAUUCAGUAAGCAGUAAAGACUUUAUUCUAAAAACCAGCUCUUCUCAAUCAAGUAGACAAAUAGGUUUUGUUUGUUUGUUUUUUUCCCUCAUUCUUUCCUCCCCCUUGGCCAGGACUCUCUACCCCCUCUCCCUUCCCCAUCAACUCCUAGCUUCAGGGACAGUGCCAUGUCCCAGCCCACAUGGGUCACCCGUGGUUACAUCACCCAAAAUAUGGGCACACGUUCCUUCACUGGCUUCCUGCAGGCUCAGGCCUUAGGUUGCCUCCUAUAGCCUAGGCACAGAGGAAAGUGUGCUGGCAGGCCAGACUCGGCCAGGACGCUCAUUCACCCUGGCUAGGGUGGUUCUCUGGGUUAAGGGGGAAAGGGGUGGAGGCGGGAGGGAAGCAGGCUUGAGGAGGGACUAGAAAGUCAGGAAGGAAUAACAGGCCAGAUUUCAGGCACAACUGGGCAGGAGAUGCUCUAGGAAGUUAACCUUAUAGCUUUGGGAGAGGUGGGGGAAUGUGGAUCAGUGCUAGAGUUGGGGAAAAGGAAGGGAGAGAAUCCAGUUAGUCCUGGUUUUCUGGUUUCUCCCCACCUCUCCCAGCCCACCCCUGGUUCCCUAGGCCUCUUUCCCCAUCCCGGCCCAGCCUCCUCCCUUUCCUACCCACCCUUGCCCAGUGGGCCAGCUUAGCCCGGCUUCUGCCGGACACGACACAACACGGCGCCCUGAAGACAUGCAGCAGCCCGCAGGCCACCCAAUCAUGAUUUGUAUAGAGACCUACCAAAUCAGCAAUUAGUGAUUAGUUUGGUUGUUGUCAGCGUGUGAGUGUGUGUGUGUGUGUGUG